CUAGAGCUCAUGUAAGCAUCACCCUCAGCAGAGAAUUUAUUAAAAAUUAAUUGAAACACCUAGAAAGUUACCAAAAUUAAUUUGUAACUUUUAUAUUUGUGCGUAGGCCUAAUAAUAAAUUAUUUUUGUAACAUAGUCUAAUAAUACAAUAGUUAUUCAUUUUUUACAUGUAUUUAACUUAUCGUAAAAUUUGCGAUAAGUCAAGUACAAUUCCAAAUUACAAGUUGAAUGAACGCUGAUUGCCGGCAUUACGUAAAUAGAAACAGUUCCACCGGCUCUACCGGUUAUUUUUAAUUUUCAUAAUUAUUCAAAUCUUUAUUUCGAUAUUUUAGGUGAUUUUAAUGGAAAAUUGCUUCAAUUUAGGAGAUUUUGGGGGAAAAACAGCUAUGUUUAAUACUAAUGCGAUCAUUAUAGCAAUUAACAAGUGUGAUAUAAUUUCGCAAAAAUGUCAAGUAGAAAUCGUUGGAAGAGAAGGUCGCCAUUUUAGUGAAGUGAAGGCGUCAGUUGAGUUUGGGUUGAGGCUUGGCUUGGCUUGGCUUGUGUUGAUGUUUUCGAGUUGGAGAACCGCGUGCUCCAGCCGACAUUGGCAUUGCUAUCGAGAGGGGUACCCACUAUUGCUGCUAUUUCAGUACCCCACUCUCCAAUAAACGGGUUUGACCUCUUCCCAUAAGGCCAUAUUCCUGCGCGCAACUCCACUGCGCAGCGUCGGUUUCACACAGUUCCUGUUCUCUUUCGUCGCCAGCCUUCACUGUGUUAGGACAGACGUGUAACUUCACACCAGUUAGUUUUGUUGGGAAAUGGCUGAUUCCACUCUGGAAUACGACAUGAGUAACGGAGAAUUUCAACAGGGCGGCGAGGAUUACACCCAGGACGAUCAAAUGAACGGAUCUGGCGAAAAUGGAGGAGCUAACGAAGGAGGCGACAGUGGAAGCGCCGAAGCACCAGGCAAAGAUGACGAAAGAAAACUGUUUGUUGGUGGACUCAGCUGGGAAACCUCUGACAAGGAACUCCGUGAUCAUUUCGGUACAUUUGGUGAAAUCGAAAGCGUAAAUGUGAAGACUGAUCCAAAUACUGGCAGAUCAAGAGGAUUCGCGUUCAUUGUUUUCAAGUCUGCGGAUGCUAUCGAUAAGGUAGUCAACGCUGGAGACCAUGUGAUCAACAACAAGAAAAUUGACCCAAAGAAAGCCAAGGCCAGACAAGGCAAGAUUUUCGUCGGAGGAUUGUCGGCUGAAUUAUCCGAUGAUGAUAUCAAGUCAUACUUUGCUCAGUAUGGAACCAUUGUUCAAGUUGAUAUGCCGUACGACAAGUCAAAGAACCAGAGGAAGGGAUUCUGCUUCAUCACCUUCGAAUCAGAACAGAUUGUCACUGAAGUUCUUAAGACACCCAAGGCUUCAAUCAAAGGCAAAGAAGUUGACGUGAGGAAAGCGACGCCGAAGCCUGAUGGCAUGGGAAACACGAGGGGAGGUAGAGGAGCCGGCCGUGGCACUCGAGGCAGGGGCCGUGGAGGAUUUGGUCAGGGAGGCUAUGGACAGGGAGGUUACGGUAACUACGGAGCUGGUGGCUAUGGCACUGGCUACGAUUACUAUGGCAGUGGUGGCUACGGAGGUGGAUACGGCGGAGGCUACGGAACCUACGACUACUCGGGAUACGGCGGCUAUGGUAGCUAUGGUACCGGAGGCGGCUAA